AUGAAUAUUGCUGGCUCUGUUAUGGUAAUGGCAUACUGUAAGCACAUUACAGUCAAUACUGAUGAUAUAAAGCUCAUUCUUGACAUCAGUGCUAAAAUCAGAUUGAACUAUUUCAGUCCAAUUGAUGUAUCUGAUUGCUCUGCCUCUGCUGCCACCACCUGCCACCUGCAUGCUGUCUCCACCUCAUCAACUACCACUGCCAUCUUUCUGCCUUCCCCUGGCACCAUCAGGGUCUCUGUCUGUCAAAUAACAGAUAUUAGAGCCCCUGUCUGGUUCACAAAGCCAGUUCUGGAGAAGCAAAAGGAGAAGAAGAAGGAGAAGAAGAAGAAGAAGAAGAAAAACAAUGAUAAUGAUGAAGAUAAUAAUAAUAAUGAUUAA